UGGCACAAUAUUUAAGUCAUAAUUUGAUGGUACAAAGGAAGUGUAUAAUGUAAGUAGGCUCAGACCCUACAUAACCACACCCCCCCUUUUCAGCGUGAUGCAGCCACACCCACCUUUCACCUCAGUGAAAACUUAGUGCGCCACGUUACUUCUCUACACCCGUCUCUCGCUCUUUCUCUGCUAAAGUUGGCAGGUAGGAUUAUUUUUCCUGAGGAAAAGGAACCUUCUAUGCUUUGAUUGUGUCAGAUAUUUCUGAUCUGGCUCAGACUUGUUGAUUGCAAUGCACCAAAUAGGUGACUUGUGUGAUACUGAGGAUAGAGAUAAUGAGGACAGAGAGAGACAUGAGAAGCUCCUCCAUGAUGGAGGGGGUCUGGAUGUGGCUGGGAUAUCACACACAUUACACACAUUAUCUGAUAUAAUAACAGAUGUAAAUGUAGACUUCUAUAUACAGGGAGCUGCAGACAUAUUACUGGAUGUAAACACAGCUAAUAAUGAUCUCCAUAUAUCAGAUGACAGGAAAACUGCAUCCUGGUCAGAUAGAAACCAGAAUCGUCCAGAAACUCCAGAGAGAUUUGAGCGUUAUUAUCAGGUGUUGAGCAGUCAGAGUUUCUCCUCAGGGAGACAUUACUGGGAAGUGGAUGUCGGGGGAUCAGAUGGAUGGAUAGUUGGGAUGUGUUACCCCAGUAUAGAGAGGAGAGGGGGGCAGUCAGGGAUUGGAAAUAAUAACAAGUCCUGGGGUUUGUACAAGAAUGGUGAUCAGUGUUCAGUGAUACAUGACAGUAAAUGGAUCCCCUUGCCCACCAAACUCUCCAGUAACAGAGUCAGGAUAUAUCUGGAUUAUGAGGCCGGGCGGAUCUCCUUUUAUGAUCUGUGUGACCCGAUCCAACACCUCCACACCUUCACCACCACCUUCACUGAGCCCCUCCAUGCUGGAAUAUGGGUAGCGAGAGGAUGUAUAAAGAUGUGGGGGGGGGAAUCGGGAGAUGUGAAUACUCAACCCAGAGACUGGUGACAUCACACAGAGAGAGGGUGGGAUAUUUGGUCGGUGGCCUGCAGAUAUCCCAGCCACAUUGUCUUGGAGCAAAAGUUUGAUUCUCAAAUUUGUGCUAUGACUUAGAUUAGGCCGAUCCGAAGCUCCGUGACCGUGCCCUCUG